CUGCUGAUUGGUAGAAUGGGUUGCCACCCCUCUUAUUAAUUGGUCGAUAUUAAAACCCGAGGAGCCCCGAUACGAUCCUCGGCUAAAUUCGUUUCGACGCCGUGUAGCACCUAGCCGUAGGUAUAUUAUUGUGUGGCUUGCUUUCCUCUGCGUCGCGGGAGAAAAUUCACUGACUUCAAGAAAAUGGCAGACAUCAGCAAGGAAGAACUUGAAAAAGAAAUCGCAAAGAUCCUUGAAAAUGCGAACCUGGCCAACACAUCAUCCAAGAAGGUGCGUCAGAAGCUAGAGAAGAGCUUCGACUGUGACCUGAGCGACAAGAGGAAGUUGAUCGAUCAACUGGUCAUGGACUAUGUUAACAGCAAGGAAGAUGAUGGCUCUGCAGAGGAGGAGUAAAAUAAUUUUUAUCAGGAGGAAGGAGAAGAGGAAAAGAAACCAGCAAAGCGAGCACCGCCCAAAGCCAAGAAACGCAAGGAGACCUCUGAGGAUGAAGACGGCUCCGGCAGCGAAUCUGAUGAGAAACCAGCGCCAAAGAAGAAGGGCCGCAAAAAGAAGGGAUCCGAUGAUGAUGAUGACUGGGGCAAGAAGAAAGAAAAGGCGCCUAAGGCUAAGAAGGCAGGAGGUCGUGGCAAAGGCGGCGGUUACACCCGCGCCUACAAACUGUCUCCGGCGCUCGCUGAUCUCAUGGGCGAAGACGAAAUGGCGCGGCAUGAGGUAGUCAAGCGCGUGUGGGCCAUGAUCAAAGAGAAAAACCUGUAUGACCCUAACAACAAACAGUUCGCCAUCUGUGAUGACGCUUUAUACAAGGUAAUCGGAACGAAACGCUUCAGAACUUUUGGUAUGAUGAAAUAUUUGAAGACGCACUUCUUGGACGAGUAAUGUAAGUCAACUAAGUGUAUCUAUAAAGGAUAACUCACACUUGUCAACAA